AUGGCGUCGAGAGCGAUGACGUCCGCGUCGGCGGCCGCGUCGGCGCGUCGCCCCGCGCGCGCGUCAUCGUCGUCGUCGUCGUCCCGGCCGCCCGCGCGAUCGGCAGCGUCCGCCGCGAGGGCACCCGCGCGCGUCGUCGUCGCGUCGUCGUCGUCGUCGUCGUCGUCGUCGUCGCGACGACGCGUCGCCGCGGCCGCCGCGAGCCGGCCGCGCGACGCCGCGGACGCGACCGUCGAUCCCGAAGUCGCGCGCGAAGUCGUCGUCGUCGUCGCGCGCCGACGCGCGCUCGUCGCCGCCGCGUCCGCGCUCGCGUCGGCGGCCGCGUCGACGUCGACGCGAUUCGCGUCGUCGCGCGCCGCCGCGGACGACGACGACGACGACGAGGACGCCGCGCAGGCGGAGAUCGAGGCCGCGAUGAACUCCGUCCUCUCGAGCAACAGCGGCGAGGCGACGUUCCCACCGCGCGUCAUGUUCGCCAACACGUCGCCGUCCGUCGCGCCGUGCUACUUUCGCGCGUCGUCGCUGUGGUCCGUCCCGGGACCGCCGGCGGAGACGCCGACGACGUCGUCGUGGCGAGACAUCGCGGACCCGGUCAACGGCGUGGUCAUCGUCAACGCGACGGCGUACGUCACGAGAGGCUUCGCGGACGCGAGCGGCGCGCGUUCCAUCGCGGACCUGGGAAAGCCGGAGAACGUCGACGUCGCGAAGGCGCUCGGGUUGGACGCGAUCGACGACUCGUAUCGCCGCGCGGAUCUCCUCGGCGCCGCGAAGCGCGUCGACGCGACCACCGGGGACGUGUACUACGACUACGAGCUCGUCGCGAGCCCGCCGCCGAAGUCGUGCCCGAGCGCGGUGGGGUGCCUGUACCCGGAGCACAUAUACCUUCUGAGCGCGACGAUCAAGGACGGGACGCUGUACGUCUUCUCCGUGGACGCGUUUCCGGAGAAUUGGCGAGCGGGGGCGCAGACCAUCAAGAGGCUGAGGAGCUCGUUCGCGGUCGGCGCGCCCGAGGAGAAUGAGGGCACAGGGGCGGGGGCGGAGGCGGAGGCGACGGUGACGUAGUGUGCGCUGCGUCGUGUAGAUGGACGGACGCGUUUUGUGUCUUUCAUUCACUCGCGCGAUGUCUUGAUGCGGUAGCACGCGUCGCGAAGGAACGCGACCAGCGACGAAUUGAACUAGCUCUCAAACG